AUGAAUUUGAAAGUAUUUGUUAAUUCAACUUUUAUAAAGAUCACAAAAGAAAAUUAUAAAUUACAGUCAAAAUAUUUAUUAUUUAUUAUAAUGGAAAAUAUUAUAUAUAAUUUUGAAAUAAACAAGGUUUUAUACUUUAAAAUAAAUUAAUUUAAACUAAUAAGUGGAUCACUCAAUUUAUAUUUUUAUUAUUACUUACUAUUGUUUUGUAUAUAAUUGGUAGUUAUUUAGUAUUUAUUUAUGUAGGUAGGUAGGGAGGUUAGCAAUUUUAUAUUUUGUUAGUUUUAGAAGAAGAAGAAGAAGAAAAAGAAAGUGGAGAACUGA